AUGCGACAUGACAGGGAUACCUAUCUUAAGGUCAACCUGACAUACGUCGCGGCAAACGCGCAAAAUAACUUCAUAAAGGAAACGCGUACAAUCAACCACGUGCCUUACGAAUACGGUAGCGAUAUGCAUUAUACCAGUGACGCGUUUGCAACAAAAGGUCAUUCUUUGGUGCCAACGGUCAUUCUUGGUGCCACUCAGUGGAGGUACCAGCGCACUAUGGGCUCGAGAACGAUUUCAUUUUACGAUAUUAGACUGCUCAAUAAGCAGUACCAAUGCAAUGCUUGUGCUGGGAUCGGAGUUACGGGUAAAUGUAAAAACGCAGGUGUCCCUAAUCCGAAAAAUUGCAAUGCAUGCAUCUGCCCAUCCGGCUACGGCGGAGUGCUUUGUAAUCAACGAAAGGCAGGAUGCGGAGGUCCAUUGGCAGCAUCCACGGCCUGGAAGUCGAGAAGCAUCACUUUGGGUAACGCUACGAUCACGACCAUACGUGACACGUACACGACGUGCAACGACUGGAUUACGGCACCAGCAGGCAAAACGAUUCAGAUCCGAGUAACGGCUCUAAAGGAUGUCGUUUGUACGAACGGUUGCGUGUACAGUUCAAUCGAGCCGAAAAUUCUCACAGAUAAGGCCAUGACGAGCCCGAGGACCUGUUGCCCUGAACAGCUGAAUAAGAUUCUCGCAACCAAGGUCAUUCCAACUCCGGUCGUCACUUACAGCGUUUAUCUCAGAUCUACGUUCACCUACCAGUAUAGAUAUGUUUGA